AUGGUAUUUGAGAAGAAGCCGUACCUCGCCAACAAGAUUGCAAAGAUGGUGUGGAUGGCGGGCGCGAUCGACGUGCCCGGCAAUCUCGAGGAAAGUCAAUGGGACGGAUUCCCAAAGAUGACGGAUGAGCUCUACGAGGCCUGGGGCUGCGCGGCGGCUGGCGACCCGCCGCCGUGCCAGUGCGGAGCUCCAGUGAACGCUCUCAUGCCCGCCCGGCGCGGCAUGGCCAAAGCCAUGGCGGGUACGCCGGUCACGUCCUGCGGGGCGUUCACGUCGAGCUGGCCCGAGUGGAACGUGUGGGGCGAUGUGCCGGCCGCGGAUUACAUCUUCCGCACUACGACCUUCCCCAUCUUCCUUGCGCCGCUCGACCUCGCCGAUCAGCUCCCGAUCCCGAACGACGAGUCCGGGGAAGGGUUCAUGAAGACGCUCUAUGAGGCCAAAUCGCCUGAGUGCAACCAGCUAAUCUAUAACGCCAUCAACGAGAGCUACGCCACCUUUGCCGCCCCCCAGUUCUUUUACCGGCUCUGGGACUCGUCCGCCGUGAUGUACGGCCUUGCCCCGGAACUCUUCGGAGAGACUGAGACUGUUGAGAUGGCCGUGGGCACCGCGUGGGACUACCAGGGCCUUCUCAUCCGCAAGUCGGAGGCCGAGAUGGGCAUGCCCUCCCCCGACGACUUUGUGAAUACGUGCAAGAACUCACCGGUCGCGUACCGCGAGAUCACGAUCGUGAAGGGCCUGGCGAACGGCCCGCAGCCUGUCUUCGACUAUGCGGUGGUGGCGGCGUGCGCAAAGGACAGCCCCGGUGCGAGGCGCCGUUGA